GAGUACACAGCUAGCUAUUCGAUACACGGUCCAUCGAGAUGGUAAUCUCCUUGACGUACAGUGCGUCUGACGAACUCUCAUGAUGACAAACUGAAAUAUAAGCAACUUGAUCAGUGAGAAAAGUAAUCAUACAAGCCUCACCGAUCCCCUGUUCGCCAUCCAGUAGAGUAAAACAGAGCUAAAGGAACGGCCUACGGCUCAAGUGGGAUUGGUAUUAUUUACUAUCUCAAUGACAUGACAAUAAUCAACCACAUUCCCCUUACAAACACUCGAUAUGUUUACAUCAGUCGAGCCGGGAAGACGCGUAAGGUAUGAAUUUAUGCUAACAAAUGUGAACGCGUGUGAAAUGUGGGAAUGGCCCUCAUCCUUCUAUGUUGAGAUUUCGGAGUACUCGCCGUCUGUCUUGAAUUGCGACACGCAAUCUCAAUUGUGGCUUCGGAUGAUUUGAAGUCAGCCUCUGCCACUCCGAUCACUGGGACCGUAUCCGAAUUGGUGGAUUUUGGUGUGGUGAGUGAGAUGGUGGGAGUGAUUGCAGCAACACCGAGACCCUUUUCCUUUUAUAAGCGUGGCAUCCAUAGCUUACCAAGUUGCUCAAACGUUCCAGUCACAACUUAUUCAACAGUAUAAGGCGAUAGCGAACUGCUGUAAGAGCAUAACUCAGCCCUAUGGCCUGGUCGCGCAGCUGUGCAAAUAAAACUCGAAACUGAGGAAUUGAACUUCUAACUUAUGCUCUGCAAUACUAAACAGCUUCGCCUUCGUUAUCAUCCCGAUUUCGCGCCCCUGCGGAAAGAAGCAAUGUCAAAUAGCCUCAAACAUCGCCUCACCGUAUUCAUGGAAUUAUUUAAUAAAGGGUUUUUUGACAAUCAAAGUGUUCAAAUGGACAAUAGCGAAAACCUUAUCCGCCUCAUGGAUACUGUCGUGAUUAAACUUGAGGGUGGAACCGACGAAGAUUUAAAGGUCUUGGAUACGGACAGUUGGGGCCGCUGUCUUAAUGAAGAGAAACCUCAAUCAAGGAGUACGAAUACUGUUCAGUCGGCUAACAUAACAAGUGGACAUAGAAGUGAAGAGGGCGAGGCCGAAUCUGAUUUGGAUGCAGGAGACUCCGUGGGUGAACCGUCUGAUUCUGAAGUUGUUUGUACAACCGAGUUUGCCGGUAAAGAGAAGCUUCACAGUCAUCGGUCGGUAAACGAUGCUCACGCUGAGUUACUUGCCACCUCUCACCCAACCCGAGGCAGUGCAAGCAGUGUGAAUUCAAGCGAUGAUGAUCUCUCUGUACCGACAUCUUCCAAUGUUCCUCGUUCUUCGCUGCUAGCAGCUAAAGAUAUCAAAGGAACAAACACCAACCGACGCUCUAGUUCACCAAGCGAGCCCCCUUUAGUUACUCCCGGUGAUAUCGAUGAAGAUGCGCCCACUCCAACAACUGCUGAGCCUCCUGAUGGUAACGUCGAUAUCAAAACUCCGUCGUCAGUAUCCGUUCCCUUUGAACCGACAACGAAUGAACUCGGCCAUCAGCUAAUUACAAACCCAGCUUUGGAUUCUGGACCAUGUAGUAUGUCGAAAAAUGCAAAAAAGUAUCCGCUUCACAAAACUGCCUCGAUUUUUUUCCGCGCUCUUCCUUCAAAUGUUACGGAGUCGGAACUGAAAGAUCUAUGUGCGUCCCAGCCCGGAUUUCUGCGGUUGGCAUUGUGGGAACCCGUUCCGGAACGACGAUUCACGCGACAUGCCUGGGCUACAUAUAAACCAACGGUGAACAUUAAGAAAAUAUGUUGGGCUUUAAAUACCAGUCCUCUUGUACGGGAAAAGAUGGCCAUACCGAACGGAGAGCUCGGUGCUACGGUGAACCGCGAUCUGGCCCAGCGGGUCCGUCCGCUGACGCCGCUCACAAGGCACAAACCGAUAAUGCGUCAUGAUUUGAUUCUUGCGGCCCAAUUGGUCGCUCGACUGGAUUCCGAAGGCCGUCUGUGGGAGGACGCUGGAAUAUCAACCGAGAAUCUUUGCCUCUCUGACAAAAAGAGUAUACCCGAACUGCUGAGACUGGCGAUUCAAAGCCAAAACCCUCUGUUGAAGAACUUGACAGACUACCUGGUAGAUGAGGGAGGUAGUGAAGAGGAAGCCUUACUGGCGGAAGCUAAUCAAACUGGAGAAGAUGUUAAUGAGAACGCUGCGGCCAAUCGUUCAACCCCGGUUAUCCUCGAACCGGACUCUGCACUCGCCAAAGUAUUAGACCACCUAAUACUCUAUCUUCGUGUAGUCCACUCUGUUGAUUUCUACGCUGGUACCGUCUACCCCAUGGAAGAUUUGAUGCCCCACCGAUGUGGUAUACUGCAUGCUCGUGGGGAUCGUGGUUUGAAUCCUACUGUACCCGGUGGACGUUCAGCUGGUUUGGUAUUUACUCAAAAAGAGAUAGAUGACCACUUACGUAAUUUCGAAUUAAAACUCCGGGCGCUGAUUGACGUCCCGAAGGAUCUCAGCGAGGAUGAAAUGAAGAAAUUGGGUAUGCGAGAUCCCGAAAAGGUUGUAGAAGAUUUUAUAGAAGCCAAUACUCAGAAACGAACUGGUAAAAAGAAACCAUUCAAGGUCGUUUGGGUUUGCCCAUUGUCGGAUAAAAAGUUCCGCGAGCCGAUUUUUGUCAGAAAACACAUCUUCAAUAAACACAUGGAUAAAGUCGAAGCGGCAAAGAAAGAUGACGCAAUCUUUUUCAACAACUACUUGCGUGACCCUCGACGCCCUUCCCUACCUGAAGCUCCCUAUCAUCUUGCACAGCAAUAUCCUUCAAGUAACCCGGGCCCGAAUCUUUCUUACCGUGGUUCUCGCGGUCCUAAUCGUUCUCUGCUCAGUGGUAGCUACAGGGGAGGUUACCGUAUCAAUUAUCAGCUGAACCCUAACUCCCUACUUCCCGGUCCCAGUUCUGCAUUUGGUCGUAGCUCCGGACCCUUUCAGGAUUACUACGAUGUUGCUGCGCAACAGCAGCAGCAGGCCAUGGCUGCUGUUGCGGCGGCAGCAGCGGCUGCAUUGUAUCCGAAUGCUACCACCGCAGCUGAUCUUUAUUCGCUAGCGGCCGCCGGUGCUGGCGUUGGCCCCCGAACAAAUGGUCGUAGGACACAGCGGGGAAGCUCCCCACCCAAAGACUAUGGUUCUCGUUCCUUUGACACUAGACGAAGAAUUAAUUCAAACUUCAGUAACAGCAACCGGCGACCUUAUCGCCCGGGCGAUCGUAGCAUGAUUUCCUACAACGAUCUGGAUGAUCCCGUCAAUGAUGGUUCGCAAUAAACUAAUAUCGCAUAUCACUGUUUCGCCGUUCAACUCGCUGUUAACUUCUGGUGUAAAGCUUUUCUUCUGUGCAUUUCUCUACUGACAUCCGAACUAUACAGUUUGAUCAUUCAUGCACUUGCUGUUGCUUACUCUAACGCGAUUUGUUUCCCUUUAUUAUUAUUAUUUUAUGGGAUGUAGCUUAUGUGUAUCACUGCGCAUAACGUCCCGGUUCGAAGAGAGCACGUUUGGCUUUGCGUAGACACUUAUCGAGCCUUACUGAUCUAAACUCGUUUCUUGACAGUAUGGUUUUGGUCUUGAUUCUUAAAUCACGGAGAACAGGUUAAUCGCCCCGUGGGGGUUUAUCCUUUCAGGCGAUCACCUGACCUUAUCAGCAUUAAACGAGUGCUGCCUACGUUUUUGUCGGUGCCCACUACUUAUUGCUACUGGGAUAAACAGUACUUGUCACAAACGGCAGCUCCAUCACGGAUCAAGCCACCACCCAUCCUCCUUACUAUGUUCGUGAAAUACACGUG